AUGUAUACUAAUUAAAGUGUGUAUAUUCCAAAGGCAAUCGGUGUUAAAGAAUAUGCUUAUGAUGAAGAGAUUAAUAUACCAUACAGAUAAUAGAUGGAAGAUUUUUAUUUUAUCAAGGACAAUAUUUUAGAAGAUGGGAGUCAAUCUAUUUUAUUCGGAAUCAUGGAUGGUCAUGGAGGAUAAACUGUUGCUAAGUUUGUAUCCACUAACUUCCCCAAAGUUUAACAUUCAUUAACUAUCCCAAGGUUUUUCUUCAGUUACACAAACAAAAGCAAAGACCAUUUGAUAAAUUACUUUAGGAUACAUUUGAAAAAGUAUAAAAAAACUCAUUUUAAGGUCAAUGAAUUGGUUAAAUAAGAAUGCAACUCAAAUGAGAUGGGCUCAACAGCUAGCAUAGGCUUUAUGAGACUUGAAGGAGCCAAAAGGGUGUUAUAUUUUGCAAAUGUGGGAGAUUCUAGAGCAUUUCUAUUUGGCGAUUAAGUAGUCCCAUUAACCACCGACCACAAACCUAAUAAAUAGGGGGAGAGAGCACGCAUACUAAAGCAUUAGGGAACAGUCUUAAUGGAUCGUUUAAAUGGAAUUUUAGCAAUAUCAAGAGCUUUCGGAGAUCACAGCUUUACUUAAUAUGGAUUAACUUGCACUCCAGAUUAAGUUAGAGUAGAAUUGAGACUUUCUCAUAAGUGGGUGGUUGUAGCAUCAGAUGGUUUGUGGGAUGUCGUCAAUGAAUAGGAAUUGUUAUAGUUCAUUAGAUACAAAGAAUCUGCUGAUGAAGUCACUAAAUUCUUAUAGAAAUUAGCACAAAAAAGAUAGUCAAAAGACAAUGUAUCAAUUUUGUGCCUAAAAAUUCAAAUUUGA